AAUGUGGCACUGAGCAGAGUGACAAGUCCAAGUGGCUCCCCCCCGACCCCAAAUUUCCAGCCCUGCUCCCUCCGAGUGCAUCCAGCCAUGAAGGGGCUACUGCUCCGGCUCUCCCUGCUACUACUGCUGCUGCCCUUGGGGUUCCCGUCCGGCGGCCAGCCCAGGAACAGCGGCUGCCCGAGCCCCUGUCACUGCGAAGAGGAUGGCAUCCUGCUGCGGGUGGACUGCUCAGAUCUGGACCUGGACUCGAUCCCUGCUAACCUCAGCACCUUCACUUCCUACCUAGAUCUCAGCAUGAACAAUAUUACUGAGCUACCGCGGAAUGGUCUUUUCAACAUGCAUUUCCUUGAGGAGCUGCGUCUUGCAGGAAAUGACUUAACACACAUCCCCCUGGGAGCAUUUGCUGGUCUUUACAAUCUUAAAGUCCUCAUGUUGCAGAACAACCGCUUGGGGGCAGUUCCUGAAGAGGCACUACAGAACUUGCAAAGUCUCCAGUCACUGAGACUGGAUGCCAACCAUAUCUCUGUUGUGCCAUCAAACUGCUUCAAAGGGUUGGUCUCACUUAGACAUCUCUGGCUAGAUGACAAUGCCCUGACAGAUAUUCCAGUCAAAGCUCUGAGCAGUUUACCUUGUCUACAAGCCAUGACCUUGGCCCUGAAUAGAAUUCCUCAUAUCCCAGACUAUGCAUUUCAGAAUCUUUCCAGUUUGGUAGUUCUGCAUCUCCAUAACAAUCAAAUCCACUCCCUGGGAAAGAGAUGCUUUGAUGGUCUCCACAGCCUGGAAACUUUAGAUUUGAACUACAACAAUCUGGAUGAAUUUCCUGUUGCGAUAAAGACAUUAACAAAUCUUAAAGAGCUGGGCUUUCACAGCAACAACAUUCGAUCAAUCCCUGAACAUGCGUUUGUUGGCAAUCCAUCGCUCCUAACAAUUCAUUUCUACGAUAAUUCCAUCCAGUUUGUUGGAAAAUCUGCUUUUCAACACCUGCCUAAGUUACGCAUACUCUCACUUAAUGGAGCAACUGAAAUAACUGAAUUUCCAGAUCUUACUGGCACCAUAAGUUUAGAAAGUCUGACUCUGACAGGAGCGCAAAUUACUUCUCUUCCAAGCACUGUUUGCAAACAGCUACCAAAUUUGCAAGUUUUAGAUCUGUCUUACAACUGGAUCCAAGAACUCCCAAGUUUCUUUGGCUGCCAGAAGCUUCAGAAGCUUGACCUGCAUCACAACAAAAUUUAUGAGAUUCAGCAUGAUACUUUCCGUCAGCUCACUGCCCUGCGAUCACUUGACCUUGGUUGGAACAAAAUUGAAUUUAUACAUCAAGAAUCAUUUAUUUCUUCACCAUCUUUAAUCAAACUUGACCUGACCUUCAAUCUUCUGUCAUCUCUUCCUGUAUCUGGACUAAGUGGAUUAACACAUCUCAAAAUAACUGGCAAUCAAGCUCUCCAGGAUUUGUUACCUAUAGAAAGCCUCCGGAACUUGAGGGUGUUAGAAAUGCCCUAUGCUUACCAAUGCUGUGCAUAUGGAUCUUGUGAAAAUUCCUACAAACUCACAAAUCAGUGGGAGAAAGUUGAGAACAGCAGUGAGGAGGAAGCUCACAAACAGGAUGCUGGAAUGCUCUCUGGGCAAGAUGAUCAGGACCCUGACGAUUUGCUAACAGACUUUGAAGAAGUUCCUAAGGUCCAUCAUUCUAUCCAAUGUGCUCCAUCUCCAGGACCCUUCAAGCCAUGUGAUCACCUGUUUGGUAGUUGGAUGAUACGCCUUGGCGUGUGGAGCAUUGUUUUGCUCUCUCUUGUCUGUAAUGGUUUAGUCGCCACAACAGUUUUUGGAUCGCCGGCAUUUAUUGCCCCACCAAAACUUUUAAUAGGCCUCAUGUCACUCGUGAAUGCUCUGAUGGGGGGUUAUAGUGGCAUUUUGGCAAUUGUGGAUCUGUGGACAUUAGGCAGAUUUGCAAAAUAUGGAGCAUGGUGGGAAAAUGGAGUUGGCUGUCAAGCUGCAGGUUUUCUGUCUGUUUUUGCUUCAGAGAUGUCCAUUUUCUUACUUACAGUUGCAGCAGUUGAACGCAGUCUAUUUGCAAAAUGUGAUAUAAAACACGGAAAAUCUCUGGCUAGUGUCAAGAUAGCAGCUACCUUCUGUGCGAUUCUGGCAUCCGUAAUAGCAAUGCUUCCACUGUUCAACAUUGGAGAUUACGGGAUUUCUCCGCUUUGUUUUCCUUUACCCUUCGGGGAACCAUCAACUUUAGGCUUUCUUGUCGCUUUAGUUUUGCUGAAUUCUCUUUGCUUCCUUGUAAUGACAAUAACCUACACAAUGCUUUACUGCCGUUUGGAAAAGGGAGACCUACACAGCCUUUGGGACUGCUCAAUGGUUAAACAUGUUGCCUGGCUACUAUUCACUAAUUGUAUUCUGUAUUGCCCUGUGGCUUUCCUGUCAUUUUCUUCCUUGUUGAAUCUCACAGUUAUUAGUCCAGAAGUAAUCAAGUCAAUACUCCUAGUGAUUCUUCCAUUGCCAGGAUGCUUCAAUCCCUUGCUCUACAUUCUUUUUAACCCACAUUUCAAAGAUGAUCUUGGAUUUCUGAGGAAGCAUGGUCAAUUAUGGAGGAAAUCAAAGCAAAGAAGUUUGGCCUCAAUAAUUUCAGAAGAUGCAGAGAAACAGUCUUGCGAUUCUACUCAAGAACUGGUGACAUGCCCAGGAAGCAGAAAUGUUGCAUGCUGUGACUCCAUGAACAAUACUUCCAGACCACUGACUUACCAGAUGAUGGAAACUUGACAGUAGUCAUUUUUGUUUACCAUCAUUUAAUUGUCAAGGCAAAGGACCAAGAAAGGGAACUUCAUACCAGGUUAAACUGGUUUGCUUCAGAUAGUUCUAAACACAAUUUUUUAAUAGCACAUAUUUAUGCAUGACCCUUCCUUUCCCACUGAAACAUUUAACCUGUAGCAGAGAGAUCAAAUUAUGUGAAAAACCUUUACAGUCCAGAAGAUCAGAGUAACCAUUUCCUUCAUUACUCCAGGAAGUUCUCCAGAUGCCAUGUUGUCAAUCAACCACUGCAAUGAUUCAACCAAUAAAAGCCUCAUAAUUACACAUUUUGUUUGAAACCCAAGUUAAUAAAUGAGAAGUUUGAAAGCUUUAUCAGCAGAUGCACUUUGGCCUCAAAACUUAAUGCACAGUUCUUGAAACAGUGAAGAGCUUCCUUCAUGCAGUUCAUCUCAUAGAUCAUUUUGAGUGCUGGUGACACGACGACCAGGAUUGCCUUUUCCCAUAAUAUAUAGACCUGGAGAGAUUUUACAGCAUGGAAAAGGUGCAUUGUACCAGACCCUUAAACUCCAUUCAAAUAUAAUACAAUGUCCCUUAGGUCCUGAGUAAACUUAGUUUCAAAUGUAAAGACUGCAAUAGAUUUGCUGAAUAUAGGCCUCUCACAGCAGCACUUCUGUUCGACAUCUUCAAUUUAAAUUUGUUAUGAAUAAUGCAUCUCAUUAAUUUUUAAUGCUUUGUCUACAUAUUCAACAAUUUAUUGAUUUAGAUGAUAAUUACAAUUCUUCAGACCUUGUCCAUUGACAAAAAAAGUUCCAAACUACAUGGAUCAAUAAGGGAUAAACUUUACCUGUAAGCCUUACGAGUAUCAUGUGUAAUGAGCAUCUCAUUUCACCUUUCCCCACCAGUUCGACCUUCAGAUUCAUAAAUUACCUGAUGCCACAGUGUAGAACAGUCAGUUAAAGUAUGGUUCACAGGCACAUAAGAUUCAACAGAUUCCUGAAAACAUUAAAAAUAUCUGAUAACUGGUUGUUAAAAGGGACAUACCUGAACUUCCAUUAGUGAUUUUAAUGGGUUAAUGUGCCAAACAUUAUUCUGCUCAAUCAUAAAUUUUAAUGAUCAACUAGGAUAGCGGAUGUAAAUCUGGAGUUUAAUUCGCUGCAGAGAUAGUAGGAACUGC